AUGCAGGAAGAUUCAGUUUCUGAAUCUGAUGAACAGAAUGAAGGAAAAAAGUCAAAGAGUUAUUGGAUUUGGAAGUGUUUUUACAUUCCAAUUCAUUGGUUUAAAAUGCUUUCAAGGGAAAUGCAUUGGAGUUUUGUGUUAGGAGUUGUUGUUGUUUAUGGAAUAAGUCAAGGUGUUGGUGGAGCUCUUGCUGGUGUUGGAACAAAGUAUUAUAUGAAAGAUGUUCAGAAAGUUCAACCUUCUGAAGCACAGGUUUAUGCUGGAAUUACUUCUAUUCCUUGGAUUGUUAAACCCUUAUGGGGUCUUCUUACUGAUGUUGUGCCUAUAUUGGGAUACAGGAGAAGACCUUAUUUCAUUUUUGCUGGUUUAUUAGGAGCAACUGCCAUGCUUUUAUUAUCUUUUCAUGAAAACCUACAUCUGGUAUUAGCACUUUUAGCAUUAACAGCAGGGAGUGCUGGGGUGGCAAUAGCCGACGUGACCAUUGAUGCUUGUGUUGCACAUAACAGUAUCUCUCAUCCUUCCCUUGCCGCCGACAUGCAAAGUUUAUGUGCCUUUAGUUCUUCUGUUGGAGCGCUAUUAGGAUUCUCCGUCAGUGGCAUCUUCGUUCACCUUAUAGGCCCUAUGGGAGUAUUUGGUUUGUUGACUAUUCCGGCUGGACUUGUCAUUUUGGUUGGAUUUCUGCUUGACGAGCCUCGUAUGCAAAAUUUCUCUUACAGACAGGUGAACCAAAAUUUUGUGGAUGCUAGCAAGGCGAUGUGGACUACAUUGAAGAGUGAAAAUGUAUGGAGGCCUUGUUUAUACAUGUAUUUAUCCCUUGCACUGAGUUUGAAUAUCCUCGAAGGAAUGUUUUAUUGGUAUACGGACUCGAAGGAUGGACCAUCUUUCUCUCAGGAGAGUAUAGGUUUCAUUUUUUCAAUCAGUUCCGUCGGUUCCCUUUUAGGCGCAAUACUAUACCAAUAUGCGCUAAAGGAUUACGCAUUCAGAGACUUACUCUUUUGGACUCAGUUACUCUAUGGUCUAUCAGGGAUGUUUGAUCUGAUUAUUGUCUUGAGAUUGAACCUAAAAUUCGGUAUUCCGGAUUACGUCUUCGUCGUUUUCGUCGAAAGCAUAGGUCAGAUGACUAUUAGACUAAAAUGGAUGCCGAUGCUUGUACUCAGCUCAAAGCUUUGUCCUUCUGGUAUCGAAGGAACAUUCUUUGCUCUAUUAAUGUCGAUUGAUAACGUCGGACUUCUCUCGUCGUCAUGGGCCGGCGGAUUUGUACUUCAUGUUCUAAAGAUCACAAGAACAAAGUUCGAUAAUAUUUGGUUGGCGAUUUUGAUUCGGAAUAUUUUAAGAAUCACUCCACUUUGCAUGCUGUUUUUGGUGCCUAGAGUUGAUCCUAACUCUUUUGUUCUUCUUCCAAAAGAAAGUGUGGAUUCAAAGGUGGAUAUUGAUGCUUCAGAAACAAAACAUGUUGAAUUGAUUUCCCUUGUACACAGUGUUGAUGAUAAUAUGUAA